AAACUCCAAACUGUGAGCGUGAAAAGUUUUCAAGAUGAGUCUAGAAAACCCCCUUUUGGGGAUGACCUGGUAUGACAGUGCCUGGGUCCCCCUUCUGAACCCUUCCAAUGUGCUAGACUAUUUCUGUGAACGGACCAACCCUUUCUACGACCAUACAUGUAAUAAUCAGAUCAUAAAGAGUCAACGCCUCAGUCAGGACCAACUCAAUAACAUGGUAGGGAUUGAGUUCAUUUUACUGCAUGUACAGGAACCAAUCCUUUAUGUGAUACGAAAACAACACAGAUUUUCUCCUACCCAAGUAACUCCAUUAGCUGAUUAUUACAUUGUAAAUGGAGUGGUCCAUUUAGCUCCAGAUCUGUACUCUGUCAUCAAUUCCAGACUGUUAAACACUGUGUCAAGUUUACAGUCGGCUUUUGAUGAAGCGAUGUCCUAUUCCCGUUAUCAUCCAUCAAAAGGCUAUUCCUGGGAGUUUUCAGACAAAGAUGAAACUGAGAAGAAGGAAUCGGCUGACAAAAAAAAGAAGGAAGAGCCGAGUUCUCUGUUUCAGCGACAUCGAGUGGAUAACCUCCUGGGAGAAUUAGCCAAGAAAUUUCCUCCGAAAAUCAUCCAACCGGCUCAGCCAGACACUAAAGAGGAGCCUGUUAAACAAGAAACUGUUGUGAAACAGGAGAUAAAGCAGGAGAAAGCAGAUGAUAAAACAAACAGCAUCAAACCUCCUCCUGAAAAACGUGCAAAGCUGGCAAGAUGACAUCUGGUCAUUAGUGAAUGUCUGCUGAGACAGGAUCUGCAUUGUUAACGACAGUUAAUCAGUGACUAUUAAGUGAAGCUGAUGCUCUUAUGAGGUCUUUGAAUAAUCUGUUCAGAACAUUCAGGACCGUUUCAGACUUGUAGAUAGAGUUAUCUCACUUUUUAUGCAGUUUUCUGAAAACUGGGAAAAAAGAAAAUCUGCAGGAAUAAUCUCUGUUGUAAUUUUAAGCAUUUAAGAAUAAAAAGUGAGGAAUGCAAA